GGGAAGAGCAUUCCCCUUUAAACAAGGUGGGCUGAGCUUAUUUGCAGUUCUCGCUCCUAUGGCAACCCAAUAGCUCAGCAGCAUGAAUAUUCACAAUUCACCAAAACGCAGCCUGACUAUGGAUCAGUGAUGUCAGCGCUCCUUGGAAUGCUCUACUGUAUCAUUAGUAUUGUUUUAUUGUGCGCGUGCUCGUGUCGCGUCGUUUUGAUGGCAGCUGGCAGGGAGCUGAUGUGGUGAGAACAUCCUUUGUCGCGCGUGACCUUUCCCCCCCUCCGCGCUGUCCAUCUCUCACCGUACGUCUGCACGUCUCUCACAUGUCACGCUAAAAAAGAGGUGACUUUCAGGCAGUUUCCUCCUCCCUCCACACGCACACGCGCGCGCGCACACACACAAACACACUUUUGCGCACAAUGUCGGCGCGGCACAAAGAUGCACAUCGAGGACGCAGUGGCCAAGCGGAGCGCCCGGGCUGUCCGUGAGGACAUCUGCGAACUGUCAGGUAGUCUGAUCGUCACCAUGAGCGUCUCCCGUCUGUCUCAGUGGAGUCACGGCGUCGCGUGGCGUGUGCGCUAGGAUUUCAGGGACUCAGAUUAGCUCCAGCCCUGAUCGCUCUCACAAACAGAUGCGCGGCGCGGAGACGGUGGCGGUGGUCGUUCCAAUAGCCCGCGCUGAUUGAGAUUUCCUCGCGCGCGUCUCAAUGUCAUAAUGGACAGGUUGCAAUCCUCCAUGCGUAAAAGGCUCUACAGUUUGCCACAGCACAUCGGACAGAAAGCAUCCAUAAUGGGCGAAGAGGAAGACGCAGACAAGGACACCCGGAGGAAGAGCAUCAGGAUGAAGCCUCUGCCGUCGCCGACCUCCGGGGCGAGCUGCAAAGGCAUCAGCGAGACCAAAAGUGGGGAGUCCGUGAUCAUGGAGACGGACAUGGGGAGACCCACGAAGACGAGCUCGAACGGGGACUGUCGGAGGUUCCGAGGCAGCCUCUCGUCCAUUACGAGUCGACAUGUGCACGACUCGGACUCGGCCGAGGCGAGGCGCCUCAUCACCGAGGGGGACGUCACCCCCAGCGAAGAGAGCCCCCCCGGAGCCAUAGGUGAGGAGCGGCCGGACCAAGGUGCGCAGGGGGCCAGCGGCGGCGGCGGCGGCGCCUCGAGCGAGCCUCCAGAGCAGCAGGCAGGGUUCAUAAAGUUGGACGGCAUCGAUCAAAUUCUGCCGGACGACGAGAGAUUAUAUCAGGCUGGGUUCAUCCACAGACAGCUGGGGGCCAUGCUCCAACCGGGGGUCAACAAGUUCUCCCUCCGGAUGUUUGGGAGCGAGAAGGCGGUGGAGCGGGAACAAGAGCGAGUGAAAUCUGCUGGAUUUUGGAUCAUUCACCCCUACAGUGAUUUCAGGUUUUACUGGGAUUUGACCAUGUUACUGCUGAUGGUCGGCAACCUCAUCAUCAUCCCGGUGGGCAUCACGUUCUUCAAGGACGAGCACACGCCGCCCUGGAUUGUGUUCAACGUGGUCUCCGACACGUUCUUCCUCAUGGACCUGGUCCUCAACUUCAGGACAGGCAUCGUGAAGGAGGACAACACGGAGAUCAUCCUGGAUCCGCAGCAAAUUAAAAUCAAGUACCUGCGGAGCUGGUUCGUGGUGGACUUCAUCUCCUCCAUACCCGUGGACUACAUCUUCCUCAUCGUGGAGACGCGCAUCGACUCAGACUUUUACAAAACAGCGCGUGCUUUGCGGAUUGUACGUUUUACUAAGAUCCUCAGCUUGCUCCGGCUCCUGCGGCUCUCCAGGCUCAUUCGUUACAUCCACCAGUGGGAGGAGAUCUUCCACAUGACCUAUGACCUGGCCAGUGCCAUGGUGCGAAUAGUCAACCUGAUCGGGAUGAUGCUGUUGCUGUGUCACUGGGACGGCUGCCUCCAGUUCCUGGUGCCCAUGCUGCAGGACUUUCCCGCCGACUGCUGGGUGUCCAAAAAUAAGAUGGUGAAUGACACAUGGGGACAGCAGUACUCCUACGCACUUUUCAAAGCUAUGAGCCACAUGUUAUGUAUCGGGUACGGCAUGUACCCCCCAGUAGGCAUGACGGACGUCUGGCUGACCAUCCUCAGCAUGAUCGUGGGGGCAACCUGUUAUGCCAUGUUUGUGGGCCAUGCCACAGCACUAAUCCAGUCUCUGGACUCAUCUCGGCGACAGUACCAGGAGAAGUACAAACAGGUUGAGCAGUACAUGUCCUUCCACAAACUGCCGGCCGAUAUGAGACAAAGAAUCCACGAUUACUAUGAGCACCGUUACCAGGGCAAGAUGUUUGAUGAAGAGAGCAUCUUGGGAGAGCUGAAUGAGCCGUUACGAGAGGAAAUAAUCAACUUUAACUGUCGAAAGCUGGUCGCGUCGAUGCCUCUGUUCGCUAAUGCAGACCCCAAUUUUGUCACCUCCAUGCUCACCAAGCUGAGGUUUGAGGUGUUCCAGCCUGGCGAUUACAUCAUCAGGGAGGGCACAAUUGGCAAGAAAAUGUACUUCAUCCAACAUGGAGUCGUCAGCGUACUAACCAAAGGGAAUAAAGAGACCAAGCUUUCAGAUGGCUCCUACUUUGGGGAGAUUUGUUUGCUGACACGAGGCAGGAGGACGGCCAGCGUUCGAGCCGACACAUACUGCCGUUUGUACUCGCUCUCUGUGGACAACUUCAAUGAAGUCCUGGAAGAGUAUCCUAUGAUGAGACGGGCUUUUGAAACCGUUGCUCUGGACAGGCUGGACCGAAUCGGCAAGAAGAACUCCAUCCUACAGCACAAGGUGCAACAUGAUCUGAGCUCCGGUGUACUCAACUACCAGGAGAAUGAGAUCAUCCAACAAAUUGUGCAGCACGACAGGGACAUGGCCCACUGUGCUCACCUCAUGCAGAACGUCCCACCACAGACGCCGCCCUCACCCACCCCUGUCAUCUGGGCCCCCCUCAUCCAGGCACCUCUCCAGGCUGCUGCUGCUACCACCUCAGUUGCUAUUGCACUGACACACCAUCCCCAUCUCCCRCCAACGCUCUUCAGACCUCCGGUUUCUGUUUUGGGUUCCCUCAAAGACCCAUCUACCCGACUUAGGAAGUUCCCGUCUUUUGUUCCUUCAUCCACAGCGCCUGGCUCUUCCGGGGACUCUCCCUCCAGCACGCCCUCAAAACUGCACUCUGGUGUGGACAUGCCAUUGCUGGCUGCUUUUCGAGCUCAGCACAUGACAUCAGUCUCUGGGACCACUGGCUCUUUUCAGCAUGCCUCAGGUAAUGCAGGACAGUCUGGACCAAAUGGGAAUGGGUCUGGAUCCAGUGAAGGAGGUACCUCUGUCUUCCCGUUUGGACCGUAUUCAUCCUCUGGUUCUCCUUCCGCUAGCACGGCCCAGCUUCAUCCACAACCACAACAUCAGCAACCCUUUAGAUCCAACACGCCACCCCUUUCAAAUCUCUUCCACCAAGGUUCUGUAAGUGGAAGUACAGGGUCAGGACUAAGCGGGGGGACUGUUGGAGCCUGUGGUGGCGCCACAGGAUGGUCUUCAGGAGGAGCCAUUGGAGGUUCUGUUGAAGAAGCCAUUGGAGGGGAUACUACUUGGGCUGGGGAGGACUUUACAACAGGGGUGACAGACCUAACACAUCGAGGGCAUUUUGGAUUAAAAGGACCAACAGAUGAAUCAACUCAUGGAAUCUCAGGGGAAGCAGUGGGUGGACUAUCAGAAGGAUCAGUGGGUACUGCUUGUGGCAGGUUCACAGGUGGGACAUCCAGUGGAUCAGUGGCUGGUGUUACCUGUGGUUUAAUACAUGAAAAAGCCAAAAACUCAAUAGGAGGGACUGCUAAAGAAUCAAUAGAAAGAGCUUCUAGAGGACCAUUAGGUGGAAUGAUGGGAGAAUCCCUGGUUUUGACAACCACUGCAGGAGCAUUGGGGAGAAUCAAUGAUGGAUCAUUGGUAUCUGUCUCUGAUGUGACCUCUUGUGGAAUAUUCGGAGGAGUUUUGAAGGAAGCAGCAGUAGGAAAUUCUGGAGGAUUGUUGGGAAGAUCGUCUGGUGGGUCAGUAAUUAGCCAUACAGGAGGAGAUCCAAGUGAACCAGGUGAAGCCCUUAAUGUAGGACAAACCGGCAGAGUGGUGGGGAGUACAGUAGGAACACAAGUAGCAGGAUCUACACAUUUACCAAGCGGAGCUUCAGGUGGAAUUACAGCUGGACUUAUUAAUUCCUCCUUUUGUCAGAGUUCUUUAUCUGCCAGUUCAUCCGGCCUUACGCCUGGUCUUCAUAAUCAACCUCAUCCCAAGCCUCCUCAGCUGGCACCUUUGCAGCAGUUUACUGGAGGAGGUAGGACUACUAGUGGCAUAAACCUCUUCCAGUCUCCCCCACAAGGCUCCCCGUCCUGUAGCAGAGGAACACAUAGUCAACAGCCUUCAGGGGGUUCCCCUUCUUCCAUCAGUCAUUUCAGCCUGGCARGCUUGCAGUCUGGCUGCCUGCCGCACCACAUGUCAUUAGAGAAGUCUGCUUUGGCUUCCCUGGCCCAAUACGGUUCAGCAAACGCCUCUCCCUGCCUUACCCCAUUGGCACGCAGCCCCACUGUUCAAAGUCCAGUAGCAAGCAGGACUUUUCACUACAGUGACCCUUCGAGCAUCACAGGAUCCCACAGUUCUCUGCUCAUGUCUCAGUCUCCUCUCCUUUCACAGCUUCCCAACCAGCCACAAACAGGGAGAGAAUCUCCCCUGGGGCCCUUUUCUGAGGACCUAAAGUUUUUAUCCAGCUCACACUCAUCUCUACCCCUGGAGGUGGCCCAGGCCUUAGGCCACCAAACUCAUUGCUCCUCUGUGGAAUAUUACCCCUCACCGUUUUCCUCACCCACUCUUGUGCCCAAACCCUGUAGCUCAAUACCAGGACACAUGACUCCCCCAAUAUCGGAAUCACCAGGACACUCUCAUCAGACUCAGUCCCCUAAAGCUUCACCGGCGCUGCCUCCACAGAGGGGCUCUGGUGCCUACUUGUCAGAUUUAGAACCUCAAACUGCUCGUUCUAAACUUCCUUCAAAUUUGUGAGAAUUGAUCACACCCUCCUCUGCUGCCCUAAAAUAAAACACAUCUUCAUUUUUGUUUUUACAUUAUUUUAUGUUCUAAUAUUUCACUGUGGUCCACCUCUCAUUUUACUAAGAUUCUUUCAAAUUUACUGUAAUUUGAGAAACAACUUUGCCAGGAAAGUCAAACUGUAGAAUACCCCCCAUUUGUUAUUUGUUUUACACUUUGUUUGAUUUAUACAUAUAUACUGUAUAUAGAUAGAGAUCUAUUUAAAAUAUAUAUUAAUUAUUGGACAAGGAGGGUGUGAAAGGGAUCUUCUCAAGGACACUUCUUUUUUAAGACUAUGCCAAAUUCAUCUGGUGUUUUUUGAGGAAAAUAAUCAAUAGACUCCAUGAUAUCAUUUUUGUUAGUUUAAUUUAUUUUCGCAGAAACCUAUGCACUAAUACCUGCAUGUGUUGUAUAAAUAUUUUUUUCUGUGUGUUUCAUAAUAUUUAUCUACAUUUUUAGCUGAAACAAAAUGCUUUGAGACACUGAUCAAGUCAUUUGGGAUCACAUAUUGUUGAUCCUUAAAUGUAUUUAUUAGAUUGUACUUAUUUAUUCUCUGUAUAAACUUUCAAAAAGUUGAAAGAUGGAUAUGAGAUUUUAGGAAACCAAAAAGGAAAAAAAAGAGCUUUGCUUAGGAGUAACAGUUCACUUCUUUGUGGCUCGAGGAUUCUCAUUCAUACCACUUUAUUAAAAGUACUGUGUAUUUUGAAGCGG